AUGGCUAGGGCGAUGAAAUGGGAAUAUAGGCAGGGGACGCAAAAAGUGGCUGACAUCCGAGCUGUGUUAGAUCAGUUGACUCCUCACGAUAUCGUCUGGCACCCUUUUGAGGAUCAUAGGGUGCAUCGUCCUUUUGAUGAUAUCUGUUUGUACCGGGGUGGUUUGAAGUGGUAUGGUACUGUAGUUCUAUAUUUACCUGACAGAUGCAUGCGUCAGUUUGGAUACAGACAGUACAUACCGAUUGCUCCUCCUAAUGUAGACACACUUGAUGUGGAUGUUGAGUGGGCUGCAUAUAUGCAGAGUGUGUUGCAGGUGAUCCGAUCCCACGAUGAUCCCCCAGUUGCGUUUGCCACCAUACCAUAUGAGACAGACGAUAAUUAUUUGGCAUGGUAUUAUACGGUGUCACAUCGUCAUUUGAGAGCACCACGAGGUGAUCAAGCGAUGGAGGUAACAGUGCCUGUCUAUGACGAAGGACGUCAGACCCGAGAUUAUCAUAUAUAUCUCACGAGCUUCAUCAUUACUUAA